AUGUCGAGUCAGCCCCUCCUUCAAACCGCUCCUGGCAAGCGCAUUGCCCUGCCCACCCGUGUCGAGCCUAAGGUGUUCUUCGCCAACGAGCGUACCUUCCUCUCCUGGCUCAACUUCACUGUCAUCCUCGGUGGUUUAGCCGUCGGUCUUUUGAACUUCGGUGACCGCAUCGGCCGCAUCUCCGCAGGCCUGUUCACCGUCAUCGCCAUGGCAGCCAUGAUCUAUGCCCUGGUGACCUUCCACUGGCGGGCGCAGAGUAUACGUAAACGCGGCCAGAGUGGCAUCGACGAUCGGUUCGGACCGACCGUGUUGGCGCUGGCGCUACUGGCCGCUGUGGUUGUGAACUUCAUUCUGCGCAUGACGGAAUAA